GGCCUAGGUAAAAAUUAAGGCCUAGAUGCAGUGUUAAGGCCUAGGUAACUGUUACCUGGCUAGCCUGUCAUUUUGUUGUUACUAAUAUUAUAAGGAAACUUUCUCAUACGUUGGUUCUGCUGUUACUAGGAAUCUUUCUCACACCCAAGUUGAUUACAUAUUCUGUUAUAUUCUGUAGCCUUGGGAUCACAAUAGAAGUCAGUAGAACUGCUUUGCAUAAUUAGCCACAAUAAGCUUGGACCUGAACCAACCACCCGGCAGCACUUCCCGUGUCUGUGUGUAUAGUUUUAUGGUAUUUGCAUUUACACACUGCCCCUGGGAUGGACCCCAGCAUAAAAGACACCUGCACCAAUAUAAGAAACUAUUUGGAAUAAGACUUCCACUUUGAGCCAAUGGUAAAGUUUAAGUUCCCAAGACCUCCCUGGGAAGUGACCCAGCAGAAAGAGACAUGGACGCGAGUAACUGACACCCUGGUUGACAAGUUAGGACAUGAACACUAGACAAUGCAGGUCGCCAGCCACAGUGAAUACCCCAACCAAUGGGAGCAGGACCAGCAUACAACAAAGACAUUUCCUAAGGAAAUCCCUUAUCCCUAAGUCAUGAUUGGCUGAAUAAUUUGACACAAAUGUUUGUAGAUCUCAGGUUUUAAAACCCUGUUCAUAAGUCCUGCUUAAAAAGUCCUUUAAAAAGGACCUUAACUCAGGGUCACUGUUCAGUUCCAGAAUCUGGAUUGUGGCCCUGAUCGAUCAUGCCCAGUGAACUAUUCCUGUCUGACUGACAUUAGUCUUCAUGCUGCUUGUGAGGCCAUUCCUGGACCCCAACAAAACAAAAAAUUGAUUUUGUAAGAGUCCUAUAGGUGGUGCUGGUUUUGAAGGCAAGAAGAGAUCACGGAGAGCAGGUGAGACUUGGCACUGAGUGGCAGGGCUAAAGUUCCAAAGAGAUGGCAGGGGAGGCCAUUGGUGAAGGUGUAUCCUAGGUCGCAUAAACACGAGGACUGGAGGGUUCGUGGAGAGAAGUCGAGGAUCAUGACUGUGUGACAGGGUCAGAAUCCCUGUGGAGAGCCUAGGAGAGGUUACUGGAAAAGAUGCAGCCCAGUUGCAGAGCCCCUGGUGUUUAUAGGGAUGCCAGGACCGUGGCUGACCGCCGAGGACAGCAGAGGCCACACAGGGGAGCUGAUCUGAGCCACGCUGUGUGUGCUGCCGGUGGCGGGCAAGAACAGUGGUGCUCACUGCCGGGUCCUGCACAGCCUUAGUGUGGGUCCUAAACAUCAAGCACCAAACUUUUUAAAUUUUGGGUUUGGGUUUAAUUCUACUGUAAUUGCACUGGUUCUGUCUUGGAAUAAGAAAGUAUCUACUCGUUUUUUAUUUUACAGCAAUUCACAGUUACAAGACUUUGGAAUUUUAGAGAAACUUUUAUAUAUAUUCUAAAGAGGCUGAACUUUGAAGUGUUUGAAUCUUUAAAGGCCAUGCGACUUUUAAGCGUUGAAAUACUUUUUACUGUGAUGUUAUUAACAUUAUGAGAUAUUGGGAUGAACUAGAAAGUAUGCUUUAACAGUGACGCUUCUGUGUCUCAGGUUUGUCAGGUGCUACAUCCUGAGGUGGGAUCUUGGUUUUCUUGGUUCCAACCUGUGACCCACUUACCCCUGUGCUUUUUGAGUCAUUCAUGAAACACUGGGAGUGUCUUCAUUCUUGUGGGGUAUGCUAUGGGAUACAAAGUCACAGAAUUUCAAAGUGCUUGGAGGCCUAGGGAACACCCUGGCUUUGACUAGUCCAGAAGGCAGCACCAAGGGGGCUGGAGAGAUGGCUCAGUGGUUAGGAGCACUGACUGCUCUUCCAGAGGUCCUGAGUUCAAAUCCCAGCAACCACGUGGUUGCUCAUAACCAUCUGUAAUGAGAUCUGAUGCCCUCUUCUGGUGUCUGAAGACAGUUACAGUGUACUUCUAUAAAAUAAAUAAAUCUUUAAAAAAAACAAAACAAAACAGGGUUGGGGAUUUAGCUCAGUGGUAGAGCGCUUGCCUAGGAAGCACAAGGCCCUGGGUUCGGUCCCCAGCUCCAAAAAAAGAACCAGAAAAAAAAAAAACAAAACAACAGCAACAACAACAAAAAAACAAACAGAAGGCAGCACCAUCCAUUGUGAGGGCUGCUCUAAAGCAGAAUUCAUUGUGCUGGCUAGUUUUUAUGUCAAUUUGACACAAACCAGAGUCAUUUUGGGAGAGGGAACCUCAACUGAGGAAAUAUCCCCCCAGACUGGCCUCUGGGCAAACCUGUAGAACAUUUCCUGGAUUAAUGAUGGAUGUGGGAGGGCCAGCUCACUGUGGAUGGUGCCACCCCUGGGCUGGUGAUCCUGGGUUGUAUAAGAAGGCAGGCCAGACAGGGAAGAGUAAGGCGGUAAGCAGCACCCUCCACAGCCUCUGCCUCCAAGCUCCUGUCCAGCUUGAGUUCCUGCCCUGCUUCCCUCAGUGAUGAGCUGUUACCUUGAAUUAACCCAGCAGAUCUGAAGGAGAGUGACUUCCCUUGGCCCACCUACAUCAGCUCUGCAGCACCCUUCCGUAGCCUCAGGCAACUGUUCCCUGACCACGUCUGGCCUGGCCCAAGUGAGAAGGACAGAGGACAAGGUCCACAGUAACAGGGAGGGUGUCUCCAGUCCUGUCUUCUCUGUCAUUCCCAGGUCAGUUCUAAAGUCCAUCCUGAGAACUAGGGACGCCACUCUUCCUCCCUCCCCAGAAGCAAAAUGUAACCCCAGGAUCGGGAUCCGUGAGGCAGAGUGAAAUUAGUAGGUGUCUGGCCCAAGCAGCAGCUGGAGAGAAGCCCGCUCCUCCCCCCACAGCCCCAGGUUCAAGUGGGUGGAGACAGGGUGUGGAGACAGGGUGUGGAGGGCAGAAGCAGAACUUCCUCCAGCUACCCUUGAAAGCUGGUAUCCAGCGCAGCUCAGCCCCUCCCACCAUGAGACUUUCCUGGAAGGAACGGGUCUUCAUGGUCCUGUUGGGAGUUGCAGCAGCUUCUGGCCUCACCAUGCUCAUCCUCAUCCUGGUGAAAGCAACCAAUGUUCUCCUGCCUGCAGACACCAAGUUUGGGAUCCUGUUUGACGCCGGCUCCUCCCACACAUCACUGUUUGUGUACCAGUGGCCAGCAAACAAGGAGAAGGACACAGGAGUGGUCAGCCAGGCCCUGGCUUGCCAGGUAGAAGGGCGCUGUGUUUCAGGACCGGGAAUCUCUUCCUACACCUCUGACCCGACACAGGCUGGGGAGAGCCUGAAGAGCUGCCUGCAGGAGGCGCUGGCACUGAUCCCACAGACCCAGCAUCCAGUGACGCCCACAUUCCUGGGGGCCACAGCAGGAAUGAGGCUGCUCAGCCAGAAGAACAGCUCUCAGGCUCAAGACAUCCUAGCUGCAGUCUCCCAGACACUGAGCAGGGCUCCGGUGGACUUUUGGGGAGCCAGGAUCCUGGCUGGGCAGGAUGAAGGUGCCUUUGGUUGGAUCACUGUCAACUACGUCCUGGGAAUGCUCCUGAAGUAUUCGUCUGGACAAUGGAUCCUGCCUGAAGAUGGGACGCUAGUUGGUGCUCUGGACCUUGGCGGGGCCUCCACGCAGAUCAGCUUUGUGCCUCAGGGCCCCAUCCUGGACCAGAGCACCCAGGUUACCUUCCGCCUGUACGGCGCCAAUUACAGUGUCUACACUCACAGCUACCUCUGCUUUGGGCGGGACCAGAUCCUAAGAAGGCUCCUGGCUGAACUGGUACAGAGCAGCCAGGUAGCCCGGGUCAGACACCCAUGCUACCACAGUGGCUACCAGGCCACACUGUCACUGGCUUCCUUGUAUGAUUCACCCUGCGUCCACACUCCAGAUUCCCUGAACUACACCCAGAACCUCACAGUUGAAGGGAUAGGCAACCCUGGGAACUGUGUGGCAGCCCUCCGGGGUCUCUUCAACUUCUCCAGCUGUAAGGGCCAAGAGGAUUGUGCUUUCAAUGGAGUCUACCAGCCUCCCGUGCAUGGCCAGUUCUAUGCAUUUUCCAACUUUUACUACACCUUCCAGUUCCUCAACCUCACCUCCAGGCAGCCACUGAACAUCGUCAAUGACACUAUCUGGAAGUUCUGUCAGAAACCCUGGAGACUGGUGGAAGACAGCUACCCUGGGCAGGAGCGCUGGCUACGGGACUACUGUGCCUCAGGCCUAUACAUCCUCGUGUUGCUGCUGGAGGGCUACAAAUUCAGUGAGGAGACCUGGCCCAACAUCCAGUUCCAGAAGCAGGCAGGCGGCACGGACAUUGGCUGGACACUGGGCUUCAUGCUGAACCUGACAGGCAUGAUCCCAGCUGAGGCGCUGACCCAGUGGCGGGCUCAGAGCUACAGCAUCUGGAUAGCUGGAGUAGUGUUUGCAGUGCUGACCCUCGUGGCCAUUCUUGGGGCAGCUGCAGUCCAGCUCUUCUGGACCCAGGACUAGGUAGAAACAAAGCUGAUGGCGAUGUCUAAAGCAGAAAAAGUCGAUGGUGACAACACGGCUGUUUGUGUUGUCACCACAGGACCUUCUGAGCACAUCCUAGACGCCUGCCCUCAUGAGCCCCUGACACUUGAGGGCUCCAGUCUGCUGAGCAGGCCAGGAGAGCCACUUGCUGACAGUGCUGACUCCUCUGUGCCCUCAGGGCGGCACUGUCCAUGGGGACUGUUAGUUGCCCCAGGGAUAGAAACAAGAGAGGCAGCUGUGGGAAUAGGGCUACCUCAGAAGGCUGUGUCCAGCCCAGCAGAGACUCCUUGCUUCCCCACUAUAUCAGACUAGACCUGAGAGUCAGAGUCCAGGCCUGAGGCCAGCCCAGCUUCCUCACAGAGCCCUUAUCAUCAACCCCAGAACAUAGAUCAAAUCGGGACGAGGGGGAUAGUUUUGUUUGUUUGUUUAAAUUAAAGCUGGUUUUGUCACGGUAUUUAUUGCUAGUGCUGUUCUCCUGGCUGGGGUUCAGGUACAGGCAGGGCUUCCACACAGGUGGCAGCUGGGACUACAAAGCACUUGGGGAAAAUACCAACACGGCCAUCUCGGUGUCCCUCCAGCCAUGCUUCGUCCACUGUGGAGACAUGUUGGGUACCGUGUCUGCCUACAGAAAAGACUGAGCCCUAGAGAGCAGAGCCCCCACCAGGCCUGAGCAAGCCAGCAGUGUGGAGAAAGGGCAGCCUUCUACCUUCACACAGAACAUCCACUGUGUCCCCUUGGCGGAAGUCCAAGUCCUCCGGCCUUUGGGCACGAUAGUCGUACUGAGCUACCACUUGGUAGAGGACUGGCCGGCCCCAGGCCCCCUGUAAUAGAAGAGUGGGCUGCAGGGGCAGUGCACUCGAGGGGCUUCCCUUCCAACUGCCUGGGCUGCCCACAGCAGGCACCAGUCUCUCCCCUUGGCUCACCCGGCACUGGAGCUGCAAGCCUCUUGGGCUCACUGGCACAUUCCUCCAUACACUCUGCAGUGAGUCCUCCGUGGAGAUGGGGACCCAGGCUCUGUCCUCUCCUCGGGCUUUGUAGCUGCACAGAGGGUCCUGAGGGUGAGCUACAGUGUGCAGGGGGAGUACCUAGUGCCUGGUCUGUCCCUAAAGGAAAUUAAUUUCUGGGGCUCUCCACUGUUCCCGGCUGGCCUUUACUUCCAGGCUGCCCAGAUUCUUAACAUAGAGCUAAGGAGGCCUUAGCUUUCGUCCCAUCCUGAGUCUGAAAAGUGACUGCUUCAGAGCAAAACAAUAAUAAAAAGCCUUCUCUCCAGUUCAGAAGAACCCUCGCUUCCUCGUAGCUCAGACCUAUCCUUUUCUUCUGUAGCUUAGAGUCCCCAUGCACAGCUUUCUGACUUACCUGAACUGCCCCUUCUGGGUCUGCUGAAGGAGAGCUUGAGACAGUAGUGUCCGAAAACUGGACAGGUCAGUUCCUCUGGGGACCUUCAGGGGCACAGUAAAGUGGCACUGCACAGUGACAGUCACCAAGGAUUCAGGGUCCUUUGUAGCUGUUCCCUGAGGACAGAAACCGGGCUGCUUAGCCUUUAAAGGCAGGUUUGUUUUUGGACCCAAGGAAUCAGAGUAGAGACUGGGCUGAGAGGUCAAGGAGAAUCUGAGGAAUGGCCUUCCUUGCUUUAAGUGGCUGAUGAGGAGAGACUGGAGAGCAGGACAGCUCUUACCUCAGCACUAGAGGAAUCUUCAGAGGGGCCCGGGACAGGCCCUCCAGUUGCCAGCAAACUGUCCCAUAGGCCAGGGCUCAUGUGACCACCUUUUCAUAAAGGAGACACUUUGGAGUAGAGGAAGGGCUGGCAAGUAGCUGGCCCCGCCCUAAACUUCCCUUAAGGGACAAGUGACCAUGCCCCAGCUCUCCUGAAGAGGCGCUCCCUACCCCUUGUGCUCAGGACCCUCUUACACACGGGUGAGGACGACUGGAGGCCGGCUUGCUCCACCUGGGAGCUCUGCAAAGAUAGACAGACAGUAGUUAGAGGGACUGUACAAGUGUGGGUCCUCACUCAGGCCACCUGCAGCCAUCAUGACACAUUUUGUUUAGUUGGUUUUGUUACAUAUUACACUAAACAAAACUAUUUGUGUACACAUUGUUCAAAAGUCAUUUACGUACAAUUUGAACACCUGCCAGGGUUUUUACUAUUUAGAUUGCCAAGAUUCCUUCAGGUACAAUAGGGGCUACACCCUUCCACUUAAAAGCAUGUUUAACAGGAUGUUGAGAGCCUACUCUGUAUAUGAAGAAGCUACACAAGCCUGUUGUGGAUAAGGGUAAAGUAUAGACCAGGUAAGAUACUUUGCCAAGUUUCAAUAGAGUUAACCUUUUCCUUAGAAGUUUGUAACUCACACUUCAGCCUUUACACUCGGGAGGGCUUUGCUCCAAGCAUGGCCUCUUGUAUUCUGUCUACACAGAUCUGUACCAUGAAUCGAGUAGAAUAAAUGUGCAUAGCCUUC